AUGAAUCUACGCCACGUCCUAGAGAGCGAGGGUAGCGUGGAGGCUCUUCAAGCUUACUUCGACCAGGUCCGCAACUCUGCUCGUCAAACUCAAGAGGCUUCUACUGUGUUGUCGGUCUUUCCUGUCAGCAGUAAAGCUCAGCAAAACCUCGCAAGAAAAGCCCCUAUGGACGGCUUCCCUGAUAGCACCGCGACAGGAUUCACUGCUUUAAAAGAUUGGAUAGUCCAAGCUACUCUUGCAAGCAGAGAAAUCCACGCUGAUAAUAUCCUUUACCGCUGCAAAGUCUCUUUUGAUGCGAUCGAAGAGUGGGCUGUAGACAAACCUAGAGCUCCAUUCCAGUUGCCUCGGGCAUCUAAACCAGAGAUUGAGCAAGUGUUGAAACAAGUAUCCCUUAAACUGAAAGAUGACCUUAAAAGAUCUGAGGGAAAUUUGCCGAGGUUUAUAGGGAGGCUGGAGCCUUAUAGAGCCAUCAAGAACGGGGCAGAUGAUUCUGCUGUCAAUGGGUUUUCAAACCUUAUUGAUAGGUAUGGUCAUUACUGGGCCAGGAAGGCGUAUGUCUGGAAUCUUGCCUUCACUAAGAAGCUUCCGGCAUACUUUGUCACUCUGGCUAAGAGGGCUGGACAAAGCGUCUCCCAUAACCUGCAUGCGACCUGUAACCUUGACAGCUUACCGCUAGAGUAUAGAGAGGCAUUUGGACGAGUGGCCUAUAAAGGUCAUAACUUGGCAAUGGAGUAUCAGUCUGAGAUGAUUCAGACCGCAGCUCGAUUUAGGGCAGAUAUCAACAAAAUUCGCCUUAAGUCCCGAGCCUUUAUGAAUGAGCCUAUGAAGAAGGGCUAUAUUGAAGCUUCUCAGCAUCAUGGGAAGGGAAUGGUAAAGAAACAGAUUCAAACCAUGCACGACUUUGCAGUCAAAGAAGGAGAUGAAAUCAUCGCAUCUAUCGGAGACAAGGUUCUUAAACAGCUCUGCUCGGGGUCCAAACACGCCCCAGAUUGCGCUGCCGAGGUCAAGGAACUCCGAGGCUCACUUUUUGAUGACAUCAAGAGCUGGAACGAGUACUGGGACUCACAUGGGAGCAAGAUAGGACCCAUCAGAAUCCCGCCAUGUGAUGAAGCACUGCUGGCCGAUGUGCCUGACGAAGAAGCGAAAAACAAGCCGAAGAGAGCCUCAAAAGGAGAACGGAAGCCCCGACAGGCAGCGGCUCCGGGCAAAAAGGCCAAGGGCAAGGCGAAGAAAGCCACCCAAGAAGAGGCCAAGGACGAAUGGUGCGAUGAAUCUGAGCAAGCGGAGUCUGGCUACGCUACAUCGGAGGAAAAGAAAUGA